UUCUCAUUCAUUGCAUUCACGGUUCACGGAUUGCAUUGAUUGUACUGGGAGCUUUCAAAAGGCUAAAAAACGAAACCAAACUGUUUUUACCUCUCUUUCUCCAUCUAUCUCUCCGCGUCUCUUCAGUCUUCUCUCAUCUGGUUCCCACUUUGCGGCCCUUAGUGCUCUGGGAGGGUUUAUAGCGCUUCAGUUGAAGUUCGCUUCCGCGCCGUUCUGAACUUGUAAGAAACUGGCUUCCGAAUGAGCUCAGAAGUCGGGGGGAAUUGCUGGAUCUGGACGGCAGCGCCAAUGGCGAUAAGAAUGACGGCGCAGAGGGUGGUCUCGGGAGGCGGAGGGAGCGGUGGUGAGAAGUCUCCGUCUACUUCGCCGAGGGCCGGGAAGAGGAAGUCGAGCGCUGGGAGGGGAACGGAGCGUUGUCUGCAUGGGGUUCUAGCGACGGUGCUAAGGCGAAGGGGAUGGUUACUGGCCGCUCCGCUGCUGUACGUGACGGCGAUGCUUAUGCUUAGUUGGGACCUCGAGGGGGUGCCGGUUAGAGUAGGGGUGGCGAUUCUCCGCCGGCCGCCGCCGGGUUCGGUUUACCGGAGUCCGCAGGUGUUCCAGAAACUCUGGCCCUAUAUGCAGGCAGACGUCAAUCAUUCUAAUGCGAUGGAAACAGCCUGGAAUCAUAAAACAAGUCAUAGAUGGAAGCCUUGUUUCAGAAAGAAGUUAUCUCAAGCAGGGUUGCCACCUUCAAAUGGUUAUCUCAUAAUUGAAGCUAAUGGGGGACUGAACCAACAACGUCUUUCGAUAUGCGAUGCUGUUGCUGUUGCUGGAGUUCUAAAUGCAACACUUGUCAUCCCUUUUUUUCAUUUAAAUAGUGUUUGGCGUGAUUCAAGCAAGUUUGGGGACAUCUUUGAUGAAGAUCACUUCAUUGAAACUCUCAGCGAUCAUGUAAGAGUGGUUAGAGAACUUCCAGAAGAGAUGCUACAACGCUUUGACAACAAUAUAAGUAGCAUAGUUAACAUGAGAACAAAGGCUUUAUCAUCAAAAACUUAUUACUUGCAGAAGGUUCUUCCAAAGUUAUUGGAGUUGGGGGCUGUUCGUAUUGCACCUUUCUCGAAUAGAUUGGCUCAAUCUGUUCCAUCCAAUAUACAAGCAUUGAGAUGUCUAUCAAAUUUCGAGGCGUUACGCUUUUCUGAACCAAUACGACUUCUUGCAGAAAAUAUGGUUCAACGAAUGGUGAAAAAUAGUUCAGCAAGUGGUGGAAAGUAUAUUUCUAUUCAUCUUCGAUUUGAGGAGGAUAUGGUAGCAUUCUCAUGUUGUACGUAUGAUGGCGGUCAAAAAGAGAAAAAAGAAAUGGAUAAAGCUCGUGAAAAAAGUUGGAGGGGAAAAUUUAAUAGGCCGGGUAGAAAAAUUAGCCCUGAGAACAAUCGGAGGGAUGGAAAAUGCCCAUUAACUCCUUUAGAGGUUGGAAUGAUGCUUAGAGGCAUGGGAUUUGACAACACGACCUCAAUCUAUGUUGCUUCUGGUAUUAUCUACAAUUCUGAGAAGUAUAUGGCACCACUUCGGCAGUUGUAUCCUCUUUUGGAGACCAAGGAUACACUUGCUUCUUCAGAAGAGCUUACCCCAUUUCAGGGCUACUCGUCACGAUUGGCUGCACUAGACUACACUAUCUGUGCUCAAAGUGAAGUAUUUGUGACUACUCAAGGAGGCAACUUUCCCCAUUUCUUGAUUGGAAACCGGCGGUUUCUUUAUGGAGGCCAUUCCAAGACCAUUAAACCUGAUAAGAGGCGAUUAGUUUUGUCUUUGGAAAACCCCAAUAUCAGAUGGGACAAGUUCAAGCGGAACAUGCUGGAAAUUCUCCAUCAUAGCGAUGCGAAGGGUGUUGAGAUGCGGAAGCCGAAUGCAUCCUUGUACAUGUUUCCAAUGCCUGACUGCAUGUGUGCACACUAAUGAACAAGUCUCCUCUUCAUGCAGGGUUGGAUUUGUAAGUAUUCUCGACUUAGAAAUUAUUUGAAAUUCUUUGAAUCCUUGUGCAGUCCAGUUAAAAUUGUCGCAAUUUAGCUUUUUAUAUAUUUAAUUGGUUUAGGAUUCCGGAAAUCUUACUAUUAGAGUCCAUUCUAGUAUGAAGAACAAUCAGAUCGAUUUGUUGUAUAACAUUAGUUGCUAAUUCUAAAAAAAUAGUCU